AUGAGGGGCGCGAGGGUGGAAGUUGAUUUCAUGGAGUCUGAAAACUUUCCUGAAUCAUAUGCGGACAAUAGGGCUGUUGUGAGCCGCCAGUCUGUACAGAGUACAAAGAAGGAUUCCCAAUCCUUAAAAAAUUACAAACUCAGGGAUGAAAAUGAAAAACGGGAAGUAGACUCCAGAUCAAAAACACGGAUUUGCCACUCAGACCCAGACAGAGACCAUACAUCAGACGAAGAGAGCAGACGGAGUAAGGAGUCGUAUUACUCAGAUGACUACGAAUCUCAGUCCGAGUGCUCUCUCUCACCCUAUGCACGGUCCCGCUCUCCAAGUCCUCAAAGAAAAGAAACCAAGUUAAGCCCUCCUCAUAAGACAGCGAGUGUGGGGCGCAAAGGAGCCCCUCGGCCUCAACGAGGAGGAAGACGGUAUGCGUCCCAGCAGCUUCAUCGAGGAGCAGAUUCACAAAGCAAAGGGGUCUCUCCUCCCAAAGACCUGGACCUUGUCACGAAACGGAUGCUUUCAGCUCGUCUUCUGAAAAUUAAUGAGUUACGUAAUGCACUUACUGAGCUCCAACAACGCACAAAUGAGCUGCAAAAAGAAAAUCGAGUUCUUAGACAGCUCCAGCUGCGUCAAGAGAAAGCCUUACACCGUUAUGAUGACACAGAAAGUGAGAUUUCACAACUGAUUUCUCGACACUCUAAUGAGAUCCAUGUGCUGCGUGAGCGCCUCAGACGCACGCAGGAGCGGGAGCGCACAGUGGAGCGGCGUUUGAAGGAAAGUGAGGAGCAGCUCACAAAAAGUCAGGCCACUGUGGCUCGACUAAAGAAACUGGUCAAUCAGCAAGAUUUGGGACAAAGAGAUGAGCUCUCUCGCAAACUUGAUGAGGAGAAAGGAUUAAGACAGGAAGCUGAACGUAAAAUAAAAGAGCUGGAGCGAAGUAUAGAGCUGAGCAUCAGCAGCUUCCAGAGACAGCUGGUGUCUGAGAAAAAGAGGACUCUAGCUGCUCAAGAAGUGGUCAGAUCUGUUCAAGAAGAGCAGGAACGCCUGACCAACAAGCUCAAGGAGAAGGACAGAGAACUUGAUGUGAAGAAUAUUUACUCAAAUCGCUUGCUCAAGCCAUCUCAAAGGAAAGACGCCGAGAGUGGUACAAAACGUAAAUUGGUCUCAAGUAAAACAAGCACAGUGGCAGUGCAAACGGAAGAUAGACAAGAGUUGGCAAGUGUAGGAUUUCCCACACCUCCUCCUGCUAUCAUUGACUCCAAUGAAAACGAUGAAUAUUUUUCACUGAAGGAGCUUAACAAAGACGUAGAAAGUCACACACAAACAAAUCAAAGCCACAGUGAAGUACAACUACAAGAAAAGGCCAAGGAUCAAGAGAGAAAUAAUAAACAACAGAGCUUUGAGUCAAAUCUACACAGGGAGACUGACAAGGCGAUAAAAGAAGAAUGCAAAAAAGAACUCAAAACGGAUGUGGAAAGUCCCACUGACAGCAAGGAGAAAAGCCCAAGACCUGGUCGUGUAGCGGAAGACGUCCAAAGGUUGAACCAGGAGACUUUGGUUAAUCAGCAAGAAGAAGAAGAGGAGGCGCGUCUGAAGAAAAAGCGUCUCCUGGCUAAGAUGCGAGAAAUCGACCAACAGAAUCAAACGACUAACAACCAUAUUUUGAAUGUGUCAAACUCAAUUGCUGCAUCGGAGCAGAGAAGUCCACGCUCUUCCAUUUUCAGCCUCUCACAGACAGAUAACGUCCUAAAUACCAGUUGUGAAAGUAAAGACGGGAUAGGAAGGAGAAGUGAACGUGAGAGCGGAGGUCUCACAACUGGUUUGGGCAGAAGAGCUUUUCGCACACAAGCCUCCGAUGAUUUGGCUUUCGGAAACUACGCACCCUCGUUUGGACAUGCAUCCUCCCGGGGAAUGUCUCAUUUACCUCAGACGCCACCCAAAGAAGACAAAGGGUCUGCACUCGAGGCCAUAGGGGUUUUCAGCCUCAAGAAGACGGACUCCGACAAAGAAAAGGAUUUUAUGAACAAAGUAGGAGAGAAAGAUCGAAAAUCUAUCCUUAUGCAGCAGCUCUUUGGAAACAUAGCCACAAUUGACAAUGUAAAAAACAAAAAUAAGGACAUUCUCGAUAGCCCUCCCAGCACAAACGGAGUGAGGUCGAGGAGAGAAGGACUGCAGGGUUUGCACUCAGGGUCCCACACACCGCCAGCUGAAACCAAAAGCACAAUCCAAGUUGUGGAGACAAAGCCAGCCGUCCGCGCCAUUGCCUCUUUUGAUGAGGAUAUAGAAGAGCUCACAUUAUAA